CUGUAAUUGAACAGUUUGCUGAGCUUAACACAAUGCCGUUUCAAGAAGCGGUUGGAAGAUUGAAAGCAUUCGAGGAACGCAUCAAAAAGCCAACUGAGGAAGGAGAUACAUAUGGUAAACUACUAUUCACUAAAGGUGAUGAAAAAGAGAAGGUCCAGGAUUGUGGUUGUGGUUGCUGGAGCUCAAAUCGAGAAGACUUUGGACGUGGCCGAGGUAGAGGUCGGGGGUCCGGGAAAGGUCAGGAUGGUGGUCGGUUUCAGCAGGAUAAGAGUCACAUUAAGUGUUUCAAGUGCAAUGAGUUAGGGCAUUUUUUGAACGAAUGUCCAAAAUGGGAUCAAAAGGAACAAACUGCAAAUUUGAUUGAAGAUGAUGAACCAAUGUUGCUGUGAAGAUCAGUGUGAACAACAACGAUUAAGGGCGUGAUUGUUAGAUUUAAUCAGGUUUGUUCACAUAUAACUGAAUGGGUAAUGAGUCACUGUUCGGGUCAUUUAAUAUAGAUUCCGUUAGUGUGGUGUCGUUUAAUGUGUUUUACAUAUUUAAUUAAUUAAAAAAAAGUGGGCAGCUUCUAAAAGGCAGUUAUGGGUAGUUUCUAUUGUUAAUAAGUGUGUUGGUUUGUAAUAGUUGUGUUGGUUAGUAAAAGUCAUGUUGGUCU